CACAAUUCAUUUCGAAUCCGAAACCAACACAAUCAUGGAUGCAAAACGUCGUGUAACGGAGAUGAACCUCGUUUACAAAAUGUUGCUUCCAGCGUUAUUGGUCGUCGUUUAUUUAACUGUGCAAACGAAUGCACAGUUUCCACGUGCUUGUGCAACUAUGGAAGCGUACCUUUCUAAAGAAUGCUGCCCUCUGAUGUCGGGCACUGGAAGUCCUUGUGGACAAACAGAAGGUAGAGGUAUUUGCUCUGAUAUUGUUGUUGAUGAACAACCAUGGGGAGGACCAUACGUUCUAUUUGGCAUCGAUGACAGAGAAAGGUGGCCAGAAAGAUUUUUCAACAGAUCCUGCCAGUGUCUGGGAAACUUUGGAGGAUUUGAUUGUUCAACAUGUAAACCUGGCUGGAGAGGCGCAAGAUGUGAUCAACGUCGUCCGCCUGUAGUCAGACGCGACAUCAGAUCAAUGUCACAGGAAGACGCCAACUUGUUUUUAGAUGCUUUAGACAAGGCAAAGACAACACCUCACCCAGAUUAUGUUGUAGCAAGAGACCAUUACAGAAAUCUUCUUGGUGAAAACGGAACAUCGGAGCCAAAUUAUGUCGACAUUUCUAUCUACGACUUGUUUGUUUGGGUCCAUUACUACAGUGUCAGAGACACCUUACUUGGGCCUGGCCAGGCAUUUGUCGGAAUUGAUUUCUCUCACGAAGGUCCAGCAUUCUUGACUUGGCACAGAAUGCAUCUUCUCAACCUAGAAGAAGACUUGCAACGAAUGACUGGAAUUGAAGAUCUUGCUAUUCCUUAUUGGAAUUUUGCUAUCGGUGGUUCUGAAUGUGACAUAUGCACCGAUGAACUUCUUGGCGCAAGACAUCCUAAUGAUCCUUCUCGACUUAGCCCCAACUCGCGAUUUUCUGAUUGGCAAAUCGUCUGCCUCAGCCUCGACUGGUUUGAUGACAAUAUCAAGUUGUGCAACGGAACUUAUGAAGGACCAAUCUUUCGCAACCCAGGAGGAAAUGUUGAACGACCCCUGGUACAAAAACUUCCAGAGCCUUCUGAUGUAGCAACUUGCCUUGGUGUGACCAAGUAUGAUACUUUUCCAUUUUUCUCUGAUUCUGACCAGAGCUUUAGAAAUACAUUGGAAGGUUAUGCUGAGGUUGACGGUCAAUUUGCUGAGGGAGCCCGAACUCUUCAUAAUUUGGCCCAUUUAUUUCUGAAUGGAACUGGAGGACAAACUCACGCGAGCGCUAAUGAUCCGAUCUUCAUUCUCUUACAUGCCUUCACUGAUGCUAUAUUUGAGGAGUGGAUGAUAAGAGAAAACCCAACGACGUCAGACUUUCCAGAACGUUUUGCCCCAAUCGGACAUAACCUGGACUACAACAUGGUUCCAUUCUUCCCUCCAGUAAGGAACAGAGACAUGUUCGUUCGCGCAAGCGAGUUGGGCUACACCUACGAAGUGGAAUUUCCAGAAAAUGAAAUAAUGCCUCAAUUCAUCCUUGUCAUUGUUGGCGUAAUCGGAAUCUUCAUUGUUAUCGGAAUAAUCGUCAUUAUGGUACGUUCUAUCAAACAAUGCCGACGACGAGUAAAAGAAGAGAAAGGAUACCAGAAAAUUAUCCAACCGAAUGCAGAUGGAAGAUAUAAUUAUACUGCAUAGAUGCUUGUCGCUUUAUAUGAUUAUUACAACACAAUGUUAAGACUACUUUCAGUUAUUAUUGUUAACAAUAACAUGUAUAAUACUAUUUCUACAUUUUUGUUUUGUUGUUUUGUUUGAAAUAAAUUAAUUCAAUAAAUAAAAGUACAUGGAUUGCUUUUAUAUAUAAUGGAAUUAUU